GUUGGGAGUUCCUAUCAUGGCUUCAAGCGAUGGCGAAACCACCUUCGCGGCUCAAAGAUCGACUCCUUCAGCCAAGGCAGACCAUGCUGGUCUCGAAAAAAAUUUCCAGCGAUUGGAUCCCACUGGAAGUGGAACACUCCGAAAGGAGGAGCUGAUGUCCGUUCUCACUGGCCUUGGAAUUUCGGAUCGAGAGUUAGCCUUGCUUCAAACUGUGGAGAUGUUUAGAGAUCAACGAGUUCCCUACUCGCACUUCCUCCGCUGGAUCUUUGCACCAGCAUCGCAUGUCCAGACGGAACUCAACAUUUUGCCGGAUGGCGGUUCCGAGGUUGAAGCGGAGGCAGAUGAAGCUGAAAUGGAGAAUUGCAGCGACAUCCUCCAGGCUGCGAAAGAAGGCAACGUCGGAGCUGUCCGACGCUUGCUGCGACUGGAGCCUGAGAGUUUGGAGAAGGUCGACGAAGAACUUGGCAACGGGCCACUGGCCGCGGCAGCCUUCGAAGGCCACCUGGAGGUGGUCGAGGCACUGCUGGCCGCCGGCGCCUCCGUGGAGGCGCAGAACGAAUCCGGCAACGGGCCGCUGGCCGCAGCGGCCUUCGACGGCCACCUGGAGGUGAUCGAGGCGCUGCUGGCCUCCGGUGCCUCCGUGGCGGCGCAGAACGAAUCCGGUGCGACACCUUUGCACAUUGCGGCACUCAGAGGUCACGUCGCUGUCGUGGAGCGGCUCAUCGCUGCGGGCGCUGCCGUGAAUGCCGCAGCCAACAGCGGUCAGACACCGCUGCACCACGCGGCGCUCAACGGCCGCGCAGCGACCGCGGAGCGGCUCAUCGCCGCGGGCGCGGCCGUGGAUGCGGACAGACGCGGCCGGACAGCGUACGACAUCGCCAAAGAACGGGGCCACCGGGAGGUGAUGGGUGUGCUGGAUCCGGUCUAUGUGGCCUUGAUCAGUGGCCGAAGCUGCAGAUGCAGUUCUUCUCAUGAGACGGUGCAGGAAUUGAAGGAAGAAGCAGAGAAGAAGUUGGGCUCCGCCAUCCAGCACCUCAUUGGCGCCGAUAUGAUGCCACUGAACGAAGCAAAGACUCUGAAAGAAGCUAAUGUUUUGCCUGGACAUACGUUGACCGCAGUCAUAGCGCCAGUGGGUGAUGUCGAGGAGAAGCAGCUGCCAAGUGAUGAAGGCGAUUUGCAAAAUCCCAACGACUUCAUCGAGUUCCUGAUCUCGGCGAACAUUCGGCUCGUCCGUGCCGAGUUUUUGAUCGAGCUGGAUGAGACUGGGACCCCCAUGCCUCGCCGACAAGAGGCGGAGUCCAUGCGCACACGGAGUGGAGGAACUGCACUGGUGGAGCUUGGCGAGUACAAAGAGUUGCACGUGAAUCAAACAUCAGGACACGUCACAAUCCGCACGGCUGAGGGCCCCUCCACAGUGCGAUUCCGAUCAAUCUCCCACAUGUGGGAGGCGAUGGAGCAUCCGGAUCCCUGGGGAUUCCAGGUCCGCAGCAUUGUGGAGAGGUACCGAGAAUUACCCAAGGAUUCCGUGACGUGGGUCUUCGUGGACUUCAUGUCGCUGUAUCAGUACAAGAGAUCUGCUGAAGAAGAUGAGUUCUUCAGGAAGGGGCUCAAGCGGAUGCACUGGCUGUACAGUCAUGAGAUUGUGCAGGUAGACAUCCUCACUGAACUCACACCUGAGGACAAGAAGUUCGAGGGCGAGAUUUUGGUGUACAACGCGACGGAAGACCAGGUGAAACUGACACCAAUCUGCGAGCUGAGGCUGAACAACACCCCCUAUGAGCUUCGAGGUUGGUGCCAGAGCGAAUCAGAAUGGUCCCGCCUGCGUAUGGAUGUGCAGGGAGGUGCCAUUCCGACACCACCAGAAAUCUUCAGGAGACGCAUGCGGCAGAUGCGCUUCACGCAUCGAAAUGAUGCCGAGCAGGUGUUUGCACUGCAGGAGAAAGUCUUCAGAGACAAAGUCUCCAAGACAACACACUUGCAGCUCCAGCAACUAUCUGCAGAUGAUCUGGAAUGUCUACAUGAGGCCUUGCCACACUACAGCCAGCUGGAAUACAUCGUCGUCAAUGGCAACGCCCUGAAGGGGCAAGAUGCAGUGGCAAUGGUGACCUCCGGUGCAGUGGACAUUCAGAUGGAGUCGUGCUCUCUCCAAGAUGCAGAUGCAGAUGCAUUGGCAGAGGCUCUCAUGAGCCCAGCUGCGGAUCGAUUGGAGCAGCUCAGUCUGAGUGAGAACCGUUUCAGCGACGUUGGUAAAGCUGCCCUUCGCAAAGUGAUGGAGCAAAGACCCGUGCUGAAGAUCCGAAUCUAGAUCCGUCAGUCAAUGUCAGGAAAUUGAAGUUGGCCAAAGGAUAUGCACCUGAACUUGCCAACGCAAGAUUUGGA